AUGUAUCUGAGGAUUUGUCGAAUGAGAAUUGCUUCGUCUAUGGUUUCGCAGCCUACGUGCGAACCGUGGUGGAGCUUGCCAAUGAUCUCCCUGAUCUGGCUGCAAAAAAAAGAAACAAGCAAGUGCAAGAAUUUUUGGGGUGGCAUUUGUGGGAUGAUUGCUGACAUGUUCUCGUGCGACCUGCUCCUGCAAGCGGACAACCUCAAGUUCUCCAUUGUAAACUUCCUGCCAAUCCUGGUGACCUUCUUGAUCGCCUACUUUGCAGAUGCGGACAAUGAAAACCAUAUCUUCGUGUCACAUGCACCACUGAUGCCUGGCACUUUGGCGUUGAUCAUCACGGCCUCCUAUGGCUCCACCUUUAAAGGAAACAUCGACCGUUUGGUGGGCUUGGUGCUUGGCAACGUCAUUCCGCUGCUGGUCUUGGCUGUGGUUUUUUCGUUCAGCUGUGAAUCAUGGAUGCGGACAGCAGCACAGAUGAUCUUGGUCUUCCUGUACUUUCUGACCUUCUCUUAUGUCUACUACUCUUCGAAGACCUGGGGUUUUGUUGGAUGUGCUUUGUGCGGCUUUGGAGCCUAUCCUCUGAUGGUCUCCUGUGAAGCCGGCGAAGGAGCGGCUGGAUCCUUCAACUAUCACAUGCGAAGCAAUUACAAGGUGAUUGCACAAACUACUGUGGCUGUUCUCAUCCGAAUGUUUAUCGAGACUGCACUGUUGGACAAGGCGCCUCGUGAUCUGGCAGUGGAUCAGCUGAAAGACUUGUUGGAGAGCGUCGAGGAUGCCUACGAGGAGUUCUUUGAGGGAGACUUUGAGGGAAUGAAGGAGAAAUAUGAUCAGGUCCAAAAGAUGCUUGCCAGCUGCGAGACGUACUAUGCGGACACCUCACCUCAACUCGAAUUUGCACCAGGACCACGCCUCCCAUUCAAGCACAAGUUCUUUGGUGAUGUUCAGGCGCAGCUGAAGGUUGCAAUUUCGGAGCUGGGAGUUCUUGCAAUUGGAGCUGGUGAUUGGACGAAAGCCCAAGUCGGAGAGGAGAAGUCUUCGAUGCGGCAAGCCCAAGAGCAGGAAGAGGCAAAGCACAGGCAUCCAGGUCAUGUUCCUAAGAGUGCAAUUCCACCGCUGCAUGGCAUCAUGAGUCGUCAAUCCAACUUCAGCCUCAUGCAAAAAGACAUUCUGCAAACUACGAAGCUGGUCUUUGACACCGUCCUCGCAUUGCUGAAGCAGGAGAAAGAGGAAGGCCUUGCAGAGCUGAAGGAUAGCUUUAAAAAGCUGUCUGGAAUGAGCGGCAUGCUGGAUCUUGAAGAUGCGCCAGGCUUUUACACUCAGGUGAAUCACCACAUGAGUGGACAAUUGGAGUCCUUGAAACCGGGCGACUCCUUGGUGGACGACAUGCAAGCGCGCCUCACAGUGGUGGUGGGUGCCCUGAAGAGCACCACCGCAGCCCUUGGAGAGAUUGGCGUCCUGUGCUUGAAGGAGAACAUAUACUGA